UGCUGAUCUGCAGAAGGAGGAAGUGAGCCUUGUUUUCUUUUUUUCCCUUUUACUUCAGCCUGUGUGUGUGUGUGUGUGUGUGUGUUUAACUUGGGCUGAAUGGAGAACUCUUGGUGAGUAUGAAACAGGCUUUACUUGCUGGGAAGUCAAAGAGACAACAUCUUGCUGUUUGGGUUGGGAGAUGGCACCACCUGUGCUGGGCCUAUUGGAUAACAGCUCCCAACCUCUACCAACCCUCAGCCCCGCAGUUUCCCCAUUUGUGAAGCUGGGUUUGACGGUUGCAUACACCAUUUUCUACCUGCUCCUCUUUCUUUUCAUCUACGCUCAACUUUGGCUCAUCCUGUACUACAGACACAAGCGAAUCAGUUACCAGACGGUGUUUCUGUUUCUCUGUCUGCUCUGGGCAGCCUUGAGGGCAGUUUUGUUUUCUUUCUACUUCAGGAAUUUUGUGACAGCCAACUCACUCAGCCCAGUUGUGUUCUGGCUACUUUACUGCUUUCCAGUGUGCCUGCAGUUUUUUACACUCAGCCUGAUGAACCUUUACUUCGCACAGGUGAUUUUCAAGGCUAAAUCCAAGUAUACUCCAGAGCUUCUAAAGUAUAGGUGGCCUCUCUACUUAACAUUUCUGGCAGUCAGUGUGAUCUUCACUGUGGUGAACCUGACCUGCGCGCUGCUGGUGAAAGUGUCCAGUGCGGAGACAAAGACUAUUGUCUUGGUGCGCGUGGCCAUUAAUGACACUCUGUUUGUGCUCUGUGCAGUGUCACUUGCUCUGUGCCUCUACAGGAUUGCUAAAAUGUCCCUGGCUAACAUCUACCUUGAGUCAAAAGGGACAUCAGUAAGUCAAGUGACUAUAAUCGGGGUUGCUGUCAUCUUGCUGUACACAUCAAGGGCCUGUUACAAUUUGGUGGUCCUGGGCCUAGCAGAUCACAGACACGUCAGCUCCUUUGAUUACGACUGGUACAAUGUCUCUGAUCAGGCUGACUUAAAGUCCAAGCUGGGAGAUGCAGGCUAUGUUGUUUUUGGGGUCAUCCUCUUUGUGUGGGAGCUCCUACCUACUACGCUUGUGGUAUUUUUUUUCCGUGUCCGAAGACCUGCUCAGGAUGGGACUGGAUCCAGAAUUCCAAGCCACAUCUUUUCUUCCAGGGCCUACUUCUUCGACAACCCACGGCGUUAUGACAGCGAUGACAAUCUCGCGUGGAGCAUAAUUCCACAAACGUCAAAUGCUAGUUUGACUGCAGAAUGUUACGACUGGGGACAUCGAAGCAACAGUUUUGUGGCCUACAUUGGAUCUGAGGAGACACACUACGGAAUGCCAUCAGAGAAAAUGAAUCCCUACUGAGAGGGAGCCUUAGAGUUGCACACUUGAGACAUUCUAGGCCCUGCACUCCUCUGUAAACACAGCACAACACACAGGUAGGCGAGGUCCUGCCUUUAUUCUUUCACAUGCCUUUUUUUGGAAGGUGACGCGUGGCCAUACAUCUGACGCCAUUCAUGUAGUUGAAAGACACGGUGACUACAAACCAGCACAGAUGUGUAGGACUGCAUGACAACGACAAGACGCUAAGACAGAAGGAUUUUGGGAAAGGUGGUUGGAGCUGGGAGGCUGAUGCUGUCACAUCAGCAAUCGAUUUGGUCAAUGCUGAAUAUUUGUGUCCCCCAACAGGGAAAAGAUGUCCCAGCUACAGAUCAUAAAUGUGGAGCUCCACAGGUGGUCACGUUAAGCUGAAAAGGGGCACAUUUACACCCAAAGGACACAUUGAAUGACAGCAUUUGAUAAUCGUGUAUCAAGAACAAACAUCUAUAUAAAAAUAUGAGCAAUGGAAGUGUGAUAUAAACAGUUUACUGUAUGUGUGUAUUUAUAUAAAAGUACAAGAAGCUUAUGGUGCACAACAAUAGUUAGUGUCAUCUUCAACUCAAGUCUGGGUGGCAGUUUACAGAGAGGUUCACAAAAUGAAACUUCCUUCCUGUUCUUUAGUCAACCGUAUUGUGAUGCUGAUUCUGUAUAUUGUGUACAAACCCCUUUUUAUUACAAAUAAAGACAUUCCAGGCUGGAGUCUUGCCAGUGUAAAUGCCCACUGUAUG